AUGGCAGAAAGCCAAGACCUCAUCUCACACAGCAGUCUCUGCAAUAUAUGCUGCGAUGUGGACUUCCACGGCAUGUUCACAGGCCGCGAUUACCGCGAUUACGCUGAUGGGUUCAGCCGUUACCGGGCGGAUCUCGACUAUGGAAGACAAGUCCCGAGAACCUGGGAACACAUCAAAAUGAACGCGAAGUGCUAUACAGACAUUUCGCUUGGUGACACGCACCCCGAACCGUUUACGCGUACCCGACCUUUCCCAGAUGUAGGAGAAGAUGAGAUGGUGAUUGCGGCGGUCGAGAUAGGAACAGGCAUGUUUGAUGGCGAAUUUGCAAAUUGUAUUGGCUUCCACAACGGUGCAUAUCGGCAUCCUAGACAUCGAUCACUGAUGAUUCGUGGUCUCCAGCUGUGUGCUCCGGAGCGCUCUCAUAGUGCGGCAUGGGAGCGCGCACGUCAAGUCAAGGAACAAGCCGAGUCAGGUUCGGGGCUGAGAGCAAACAAGGAACUAAGCAUAGAAUUCUCGAGCUGUUUCGGCGGGCGUCUUGCCUACGUUCAGAGUGACUGCAUCGUCUCUGGAUCAUCUUCAUCCGAUGGCUAUGCUGCCUUGAGCUACAUCUGGGGUUGUCGUUUACCUAGCACACAGCUGAAGACCUCAAAAGAGCAGGAGCUCCGAAAGCCUAGGAGUCUGUCCGCGCCGGGUAUAAUUCUGAGCGAUAUCAUUACUGAUGCCAUGGAGUUCUGUCGCCAAAUCGAUCUACGCUUCUUGUGGGUCGAUCAGUUGUGCAUUCCCCAAAGACCGGGCUUGGUCGACCCUGAGAUCCACCACAUGGCGUCAAUAUACUCCGGAGCAACUUGUACUUUGGUCGCCUUAAGCGGCACUACGUUUGCCGACCCCCUCCCAGGGGUUCGACCGGGUAUAAGUCAUCCUGAGUCACAGCACCAGGCCAUUGUAGAUGGCUUGUGGCUCAUGACAUGCUACCCAUCGCUUUUCACGGAAAUUGAGAGCUCAGUCUGGUUCAGUUGCGGCUGGACAUUUCAAGAAGCAGCAUUUUCGAAACGAAUCUUUUUCUUCACGACGUCACAGACCUUCUUCCUGUGUCGCGAGACGAUGUACUGCGAGGAAAGUGUCUGGGAAGUACCAGAUGGUGAUUCCAUGGCAGCUUGGGCAAACACCAAAACGAUAGAGGCUGGGAGAAUAAAGGAUCUAAUGAUCCUCCGCAACUCAAAUGAAUCGUACCCAGAGGGGGGUAAUUACAGGAGUGCCGAAGAGUACACCAAGCGGACCCUGGGUUAUCCCCAGGAUAUCCUUAAUGCGUGGGUUGCCGUGAUCCAGUGGAUGGAGGAAGACAAGAAGUGGGGAUCGGCUUACUGUUUGGGUCUUCUCUUGGACCAUUUUGGGUUCGGGCUGGGAUGGCAACCACUCCAUGGCCUCGACCCCGAUCCUGUCAACCAGCGAGCCGGCUUCCCCAGUUGGAGCUGUUCUAGCUUCCUAGGUCCAGUUGAGUGGUGUCUUGAAGUACCUUCUAGUACACGGACUUCUGGUGGAGGGCGAGAGAGCGUUUGGGGUAGGUCUGGCAUUAUCCAAGAGACAGACAUUGACAUUACGUUGCGUGAAAGAUAUAACAGAUAUCUCUCACCAGUGCGUAUGUCUCAGAGUCCUUUCGCGCCGCAGAAUCCCAUCUUGGAGUUCAAAACCUCAGCUGCUUAUAUUACUGUGGCCAGAAAACCCGAUGGCAGGAUUGUGCUACCAACCUUUGAUAUAAUAGGGAACGGCGCGUAUUCGGUUGGAAGCCUGCAGUGUGAUCCUGGUUGGCGUGACAAACAGCCAGAUAGGCUAGAGUUUAUCGUCUUUGCCACUGCCAAACUGACAGAUCCUCAGCCUCCCCAGUAUUCCGGAUAUCCCGCCGGAUGUGGAACGAGCCGAUAUAACGCAAAAAUGAGCGGUCGCUUAUUUUCCGAUCAAUGCAGCUAUGAAGCCGCUGUCUCUCGGUGGCAAGAUUUAUGCUCAAAGGAGCGAUCUGUACUUGAUUUAAUGUGUAUCUCCAGGGGAAGUGACGGCCUCGCUCGAAGGGUUCAAGUUUGCCAUGGAAUAUCCUUGGAUCAAUGGUUAACUCUAGAGCCCAAGGAGGUCUUUGUCAGACUUGGAUAA